AUGUUCGGCCGCGUCCUCCUUACCCUCGACGGCAUCAUGCUGCUGUUUGGCGCAUACAUGGCCGAUUGGAAUGAGACGCACAUCCAUAAUCCGCGGUGGCCGCCACAUGCCAAAUUCCACAAUGCGCAGACAAUGACGCUCUCUUUGAUCUUAGGCAUGGCAACCCUCUUCUUCACGUGGCGAACCAACACGUCUGCCGAAAUGUCGAAGGAGUCGUUCCGCAUCGCGGGCUUCAUGGGGUCCAUCUACUGGGUGGCCGGAUGGGCUUCGUUGCUGUACCCCGGCACCAGCGGGCUGGACCCGGAGCACGGCGGACCGGGGUUCCCGCAGAAGUACCCCUUCACCACGGCGAUUGGGCUCGCCGUGACGGGCAUGUAUCUCGAGGGAGGCUUCUAA